GCUGAAGUCAUUCAAGAGCAACAAGCCAUGGGUCUUGACAGUGAACCUGGUCGUCGGAAAGCGUCUGUGCGACGACCACUGCCGCUUCUGCAAGCGAUCGUGUUCGUGCUUGUCAUCACGUGCGUCGUAGUCAACUUCUCCUACUUUUCCACGCGAGUGGAGCCUCUUGGUCCCCGCAUCGCGUUAAGCAAGACGCAGCAUGCCAUGCGUGGGUUUGUAGUGCCCAUGUUCGACGCCAUGAUUCCCAUUGGCGUCUCCCUCAUCCAGGAACUGCGUCGAUACGGCAACAACGACGUCAUCCAGGUGUAUCAUUGCCUCGGGGAACUGUCUCCGCUGUCGAUGCAACUUCUCCAUCGCGCGGACGACUUCAUCGAGGUGAUUGACGUGUGUCACGAGUACGUCACGCAGGGCAACUUGACGCUGGAGCAGGCCAAGGACUUCCGCAAUUUCUACAUUAAGCCGUUGGCGCUCAUCCACACGCGCCUCGAGGACGUCAUCUUGCUGGACGCGGACGACAUUCUGUUCUCCGACCCGGCGGCGCUCUGGAACGUUCCUGCGUACAAGGCGACCGGGACGAUUUUCUUCUACGACCGCGAAAUCAACGAAAACUCGUACUUGAAUGGAAAGCACCGGUGGACCAACGACGCCGGCGUCGACGUCGAAGAGAACACACUGCAGGAAAUGGUGCGCAUGUUUGAAUCCGAGCGCUUUGGCUUGCGGCGCAACCAGCCGUCCGACCACGUGCGAAACUCUCUGCCAUUCAACAGCCAAGGCGCGCACGAGCAAGACUCGAGCGUGGUGGUGGUGGACAAGCGGCGGCACCACAUCGCGAUGGACGUGCUGUGGUUCUUGAUCACCGCAUGGCGGUACCGGUUCACAUACUCGUGGGGUGACAAGGAGAACUUUUGGCUCGCGUACGAACUGAGCCAGUCGCCGUAUUACUUUUCUCCUCAUGGCACGUCGGCGGCAGGGGGACGCCAAGGCCACGACGUUCAAACCGUGUGUGGGGACAUUGCCCACUUCUUCCCCCUGGACGGCCGCGACGACAUUCUGCACAUUAACGGCAACAAACUCAUCAACCCGUACACCAAGAUCGACGCCGUCAACGGCUACGACCAUUCGUUUCAAGCGAGCAAAUUGACCGAUCUCGUCGCCAACCUGCCGGGGUACUUUGCCGGCCUUCGUCGGCGGGGACCCACGCCGAUCAUGCAACCCAAUAGCAGCUGUCCCCAAGAGUGCAUGUACCAGCGGGGCGCCGUCGCCGUGACGAAUGCGCAGCGCCAAUCGAUGGUCCAGCGCAUCUCCGACACGUUCGAAGUGGCGGCGGCGGUGGACCGUCAUGUGGUGGUGCAGCAGGGCGUGGUGCUACCCAUCGUGACGGACGCGGACGCGGCGCGGGCAGUGUCUUCGAUCAACCAAUUGCGCCGGGUGGGGUACCAAGGAUGGGUGCAAGUGUAUCACUGCGCGGGGAAUUUUCCCUCGCAUGUGCUGCAAACGUUCGUUCGGAUUGACGCCUACGUGCAGGUCGUGGACGCGUGCCAGGGAUUUAUCCUCAACGGCAACCUGACCAUGGAUCAAAUCCCAGACUUCCAAAACAGCUACUUGGCCCCCCUCGCGUUGAUCCACACAAGCAUGUCGCAUGUGGUGGUGCUCAAUGUACACGCAGUCGUACUACAAGACCCCACGGCCGUGCUGUGGUCGGACGUGCUGUACAGUGAGACGGGCACCGUCUUCUUUCAUGAUCAUCAUGAUGCCACCUCGAAAUCGUUCCUCAACCAUCCUGCCACCUACAUCGACGAGCGAGGCCGAUCGGUGGCUGGCACGGCGCUCGAGGCGGUGGUGCACACGUUCAACUACUCUAAGUUCAACCUGGACGGACCGAGGACUCUGUCGCCGUCGCUCAAGGCGUCUCGGGCGUGGAACCACCAGAGUGCAUCGCGACAAGAUAACAGCCUCUUUGCCGUCGACAAGUCACGCGCGGACAAGGCCAUGCAAGUUUUAUGGGAACUCAUCACCACCACCCGAUUCCAACACGGGUACUCGAAAGGCGCCAAGGAAAACGUGUGGCUCGCGUACGAGCUGAGCCAGUUGCCGUAUGCGUUUUCAAAGUUUGGCGCGUCCUACGUUGAUGGGGCAUCCCCGUGGACGGCGCAGUACGGACCAGCCAAAGACGACGAGCUGCUCGUGGUCAUGACGGCGUUAUCGGACGUCGCAUCCAUCGACGACCUGCCCGCGAACGUGUGUCGCCGUCGACUAGUAGACACGACGGACGACGCGACAUGCUUGGACCAGCACAACGAAGGCGCGCAACGCCUCACGUAUAGCCAAGUGCAAGCGCUUCAAGUUCGGUGGAGUAAUACCCACCCUCGCCACGCCCCGUAGUAUUGUGAUUCAUGCGCCAAGAAUAAGAACAUAAAUAGAAACCAAACAACUUGGCUCUAUUGAUUCGCAGGCUUGAAGAACAUAGCAGG